UGGGAUGAGAGAAGGGGAGUGAAGCAGUGAGGCACAGAGAGGAGCAUAGGCAUUGAAUGCAGUGAUUGCAACUACUCCGAACUCUUCAGCAAGUUUUACCUCCCGGCGGAUUUUGUUUGCGUUGUAGACUAAUAACUAGAUGCGUUUGGAAAGUUGGAGUAUUUACUUGGUCUUUUCAGAUGCACAGAGUAAAAGCGUAAAGCCAGCUGGGAAGUAAUUGCUAUGCGUCCCAUGGCUCCAAUAAAGACCAAUUGGUUUUGGACAUUUUUAGUUGGUGUUCAGGGAUUUUUUGUGGUGGUCGGAGGAGACGGAAGCAGUGGGUCAUCUGUUUCAUUGGAACACCUACAGUGUCAUCAAGCAGAACAUCCUAUUGCAACUCAUCGAGACAUUGCACCAUGGCUGCACAAGUUUAAAGCUGCAGAUGUAACGGACUAUUCGCAACUGACCUUUGAUCCCAGCCAUAAAGAGCUCAUCGUUGGAGCAAAGAACUACCUCUUCAGGCUAAAACUGGAGGAUCUGACAUUAAUCCAGGGAGUAGAAUGGCGCUCAGAUGAAAUGACAAAAAAAAGCUGUUUCAGUAAAGGAAAAACUGAGGAGCAAUGUCAGAAUUAUAUCCGAGUCCUCCUUAUCAACAGCAAUAGGAUCUUCACCUGCGGGACAAAUGCAUUUACUCCCGUGUGCACUAAUCGGACGCUAACCAACUUGACAGAAAUCCAUGAUCGCAUCAAUGGCAUGGCUCGCUGUCCAUACAACCCACAACACAAUUCCACUGCUCUACUUACAUCUACUGGAGAGCUCUAUGCUGCCACAGCCAUGGAUUUUCCAGGAAGAGACCCUGCCAUCUAUCGCAGCCUAGGGGGGCUUCCCCCUCUCCGCACUGCUCAAUACAACUCAAAAUGGCUAAAUGAGCCAAAUUUUGUGUCAUCCUAUGACAUUGGAAAUUUCACCUAUUUCUUCUUCCGGGAGAAUGCAGUAGAACAUGACUGUGGAAAAACUAUUUUCUCCAGAGUGGCCAGAGUGUGUAAAAAUGACAUUGGAGGGAGGUUUCUCCUGGAGGAUACAUGGACAACCUUCAUGAAAGCCAGAUUAAAUUGCUCUCGACCUGGUGAAAUUCCUUUUUAUUACAAUGAGCUGCUAAGCACGUUCUUCUUACCUGAGCAAGACAUGCUGUAUGGAAUCUUUACCACUAACGUGAAUAGUAUAGCAGCUUCGGCUGUCUGCAUGUUUAAUCUGAGCGCCAUUACUCAAGUUUUUGCUGGGCCAUUCAAAUUCCAGGAGAAUUCCCGUUCAGCAUGGUUGCCUUUUUCCAAUCCUAGUCCUAAUUUUCAGUGUGGUACCAUCGAUUAUGGUCCUUAUAUGAAUCUCACAGAAAGGAACCUCCAGGACGCUCAGAGGUUUAUUCUUAUGCAUGAAGUGGUGCAGCCCAUCUUUCCAGUCCCUUUCUUCAUGGAAGACAACAGUCGGUUUUCUCACAUUGUGGUGGAUGUUGUGCAGGGAAAGGACAUGCUCUUCCAUGUUAUGUACUUGGCCACAGACUAUGGAACUAUUAAGAAAGUUCUUGCCCCUGUGAAUCAAAGUGGGAGCGGCUGUUUGUUGGAGGAAAUUGAACUUUUUCCAAUUGAUCAGCGAGAGCCUAUAAGGAACCUCCAGAUCCUACACAGUCAUAGUGUUCUGUUUGUUGGUCUAAGGGAGCAUGUGAUAAGACUCCCCCUGAAACGCUGCACCUUUUACAGAAGUAGGAGUUCAUGCGUAGGAGCUCAAGACCCUUACUGUGGUUGGGACUUGGUCUUAAAGAAAUGUACGACAUUAGAAGAGAGCAUGAGUAUGACCCAGUGGGAGCAAGAAAUCAGUUUGUGUCCAACACGAAACAUGACCACGGAUGGUAAUUUUGGAUCCUGGUCGCCAUGGAAACCCUGCAGUCAUACUGAUGGUAAUGCCAUUGGUUUAUGCACCUGUAGAAUCCGCCUGUGUGAUAGUCCAGCUCCACAAUGUGGAGGUCGACAGUGUGAGGGUCGCAGCAUGGAGGUCGCAAACUGUUCCAGGAAUGGUGGCUGGACUCCUUGGACACUGUGGUCUCCCUGCAGUACAAGUUGUGGAAUAGGAUUUCAGGUCCGACAGCGAUCUUGUAGCAACCCAACUCCUCGGCACGGGGGUCGUGUCUGUGUGGGACAGAAUCGCGAAGAGCGGUAUUGCAAUGAGCAUCUUCAAUGCCCUCCACACACAUUCUGGACUCCUUGGGCCACAUGGGAACGCUGCACUGUACAGUGUGGGGGAGGGGUCCAAGCCCGGAGGAGAACAUGUCAGAAUGGGAAUGACUGUCCAGGCUGCAAGAUGGAAUAUCAAACUUGUAAUACCAACCUGUGCCCUGAAUUAAAGAAGACCACCCCUUGGACCCCUUGGACACCUGUUAAUAUCUCAGACAAUGGAGGUCACUAUGAGCAGAGAUUUAGGUACACGUGUAAGGCACGCCUGGCUGACCCAAACUUCCUGGAUGUCGGCCGUCAAAGGAUAGAGAUGCGUUACUGUUCUAGUGAUGGAUCAACUGGCUGUUCUGCAGGUGGGUUUUCUGGAAAUAUCUUACGAUAUGGAAGAUUUUCUGCUUACACAGUCAACGGUGCUUGGUCUGCCUGGCUGCCAUGGACACAGUGUAGCAGAGACUGCAGCCGGGGAAUUCGAAGCCGUAGACGAAUGUGCAAUAAUCCUGAGCCAAGGAAUGGAGGGCUUCCCUGUCUAGGGCAAUCACUGGAAUAUCAGGAGUGCAAUAUCUUGCCUUGUCCAGUGGAUGGUGGUUGGUCCUGUUGGUCUUCCUGGUCGAAGUGUUCCGUCACCUGCGGAGGUGGACAUUACAUGAGGACACGUUCCUGCAGUAAUCCUCCACCUGCAUAUGGUGGAGACAUCUGUCUGGGUCUCCAUACUGAAGAAGCAUUGUGCAACACACAGCCCUGUCCAGAUAGUUGGUCAGAGUGGUCUGGCUGGUCAGAGUGUGAGGUCUCAGGUUCACAACAUCGUAUUCGCCAGUGUAAAAUCUUAUUUCCUGUUGGUUACCAGUGCUCUGAGAACAGCAGUGAGAGCCGAACCUGUAUCUACAACUCCAAUUUCAUUCCUGAAGUGAAGAUUGCCAAGUCCAGCUCGGGAGAGAGAAGAUGUGAUGAAUUCAACACGUUCCACAUGAUUGCAGUGGGAUUGAGCUGCUCUAUCUUAGGUUGUCUUUUAACAUUACUUGUAUAUACCUACUGCCAGCGAUACCAACGGCAGUCACAUGAUGCCACUGUCAUCCAUCCAAUUUCUGCAGUUCCCCUCAAUACUAGCAUCACAAACCAUGUCAAUAAACUCGAUAAAUAUGAUUCGGUGGAAGCCAUUAAGGCCUUCAACAAAAACAACUUGAUCCUUGAGGAACGAAAUAAAUACUUCAACCCACACCUUCAUGCAAAGUCGUUUUCCAACACUUAUUUCACAGACCUAAAUAUGUAUGAUGACUAUUAGAAUGGCCAAUUGCUAAAUACAGACUGGUCUACUGACUAAAGGUCCCUCUUCUCAGCCUGGAUUGGAGAUGAGGCCUGCACUAAUUUCUACCAACUUCCGUUCCUGUCUUUUUCCCGUCUAAAAUAUAAACAUUAAUGAAUACACUUGAAAUGAUUAAACACAGAAAUGGAAUUUCAGCCAAGUUGGAAUUCAGUUGUUCUGUUCUGCUAUGGUGGAACUGAGGACUAUUUACCUUCUCUUAAAGAAGUCUAUCUUACAGUGAGUAAAGAAAAGCGAAGCAGUGCCUGUGAAUAGGAGAUUGCUGUUUAAUGAAUUUUGUGUGUUUGUGUCUUCACCAGUCCUAUUUGGUGAUGCGAUAGAGCAGUGCUGGAAAGUGAAGCUCAGAGCUCAGAAGUAAUUGGUGCAGAAUUGGGAAGCACACUGUAUUGAUUGGAACAAGUGGCUGAAUGAAAUUCUGUGGUGCCCCCAUGAGAUUGUUGCACUUUCUGUUGUGUGAAGUCAGGAAUGUUCAGCUGUAAUGACUGUUGCCCACUUCAUGCCAUUCCAAAGACCCUGCCAGCUGCAACUUGUAGAUCAGCAUAUCUGUUUUACAUUUUUCCAAGCUAGUUAAAAAGUGGACCUGUGUUGUGUUUCAUUUUACAUAAUCUCUAUUGUCUGUUUGUGUCAUUAUUGACCAGUUUAAAUUUUGUGUUUGAGAACACAGACAAUCAUUAAAUAUUUUCAGUAGAAACUAACAAAACUGUAAAUAACUGACUGAACAUAUGUAUAGUGCAGAUGGUUAACUAGGUAUAUUUGGCUCACUAGGGAAGUCAAUGCACCCCGCCCCCCAUCAACAGCAUUAAAAAUUGCAAUGUUGAAAAAGUGUUUUUUGUACAGAGCCCAUCUGCUGUGAAUACCUGCAGCUUCUGCUGUGAAUACUUGCAGCUUCUGCUGUAUUUAGGCUAUUAAUUUAUCCUAUUCUUGCUUUGUAUGCAGAGUUCCUUUGUUAAUUGUAGAUUCAAAUGGUUUCUCACAACCAGUGUCUUCUGCAUGUGAUAUAUUGCAAUGCUGUAGUUGCAAAGUCAUUUUCUGUCUGAUUGUUGAGUUUUAUAAGGCUUCUGUCAGCUUUGUGGGUUUUAUGCUGUUGGAUUAUAUUCAGUAUUAUGCCAAAUUUCUAACAUGAGCAAAUAUUUGAUUCAGUUCAUUUAACAAAUGAGAUAUUUGUUUUUAAAAACCUCAUAAUAUAUCAGUACCCACCACAUAGGAUACUUGACCAUUUGUGAAUGUAAUAAUAGCAAAAGAGGAAGUUUAAUUUCUUCUAUUAACACACUGGUUAAAGCAUUCACAUCAGAUCCUCUGAGCACUAUUUUAGUGCAAUGUGUAAUCUGUUUAUUUUAACCAGGCUAAUAAAUGUUUUUAAAUAUUUCGUACAGGAAUUUUAUAUGAAAGCAUUAGGCAGCAUGCUACCAGAUAUCAAACCCCACGGUAUUUGUCAUAAAUUGAAAGGGCAAAUGUCAGCUUCGCAUUGUACAGAUUAGAUCAGCAUUUGAAACAGUCUGGUAUUUAUUUUUCCCACUGCAACAGAAACAAAUAUAAUUUUUGCAGCAUUUGUAAGAAGGAAAAUACUGAUGCAAAAGGGGAUCAAAUGCAUUAUUUUAGUAUAAGCCCAAACAAUACCUUUCUCCCCCCUCCUUAAGCAACAAUCUACUAAUAAAAGUGCAUUCUAAGGUUUUUUAAGAAGUCGCAUACUAGAAUAUUAACCUAUCUUUUUCUUCCAUAUGCUGAUUGAGCAGCAUGUGCAUUUCCAACAUUUAUAGUUUUUCUUUUUAUCUGUCCUUGAAUACUUGAAGACGUAGCUGAUUGAAGUGUAUUUGAAAGAAAGUGUUCUGCAUAGGCUAUAGCUUUCUGCUGCAUUGAAUGCAGCCUCAGUUAUUUAUUUUAACCUUUUUAUGUUGGUGUGGUUCAUGCAGUGACAUUAAACAGUGUAUUGUAAAGUUGAAA